AAAGGAAUUAACAACAACAACAACAACGCCGCGCUCCUCCAGGCCGGCUCUUCCUCCUCCUCGCUGCUGCUCAAAGAUCACAGCCACAGCGGCGGUGGUGGCGGCGGCGGCGGCGGCGCAGGCGGCGUUGGUGGCGGCGAGGUGGUAGUCCGCAAGCCGCGCGGACGACCGCCGGGCUCCAAGAACAAGCCCAAGCCGCCCAUCAUCAUUACGCGCGACUCGGGCAACGCGAUGCGCCCCCACGUCCUGGAGAUCGCCGGCGGCUGUGACGUGGGCGAGACGCUGGCGGCAUUCGCGCGACGCCGGGCUCGCGGGCUGUGCGUACUGGGCGGUAGCGGUACCGUGGCCAACGUGACGCUGCGGCAGCUGGCGGCGCCGGGAUCCACUGUCACCUUUCACGGUAGAUUCGAGAUUCUUAGCAUAUCCGGUGCCUUUUUACCGCCGCCAGCCCCGGUCGCGGUCGCGGGGCUGACGGUGGCACUGGCCGGGGCGCAACAGGGGCAGGUCUUAGGGGGCAGCGUGGUCGGGGUGCUCAUGGCGGCUAGCCCGGUACUAGUUAUCGCCGCGUCAUUUGUAGGGGCGACGUACGAUCGGCUGCCAUUGGAUGAGAGCCUCGAGACAGGUGGCGAGAAUCCGGGCGUCCAAGGGAACCACCACCUUGUGAAUGUGUCGCCCGGUGGGGCUGGGGGAGGCUCAGGUGGGGCGAGCCAGCAGGAGAUGGCCUUGUUAAACCUGGCACAGAAUUCACUGGGGCAGUUGCCACCUGAGGUCUUGGCCUGGGCAGCAGCUGGGAAUAGGCCACCAUUUUGAUGAAUCUCUCUUUUUUUUUCCUUCUUUUUCUCCUUUUUUUCCUGCUUUGUUUGUUGUCCAAGUUCCUUCGAGAGGGAAUGUCCAGGGUUUUUUUUGCUGCUGCUGGAGGAGUGAGUUCUUUCCUUUCCCAAGUUCUUGGAGGGGCAAAAUCUCAUCUUUGAGACCUAUCAAGGUGAGAGAGAUCACAGAGAGACAAGACAACAAAAAACUUUCCAAGAUCUUCUACUUGUUCUCUUUCUUCUAACUUAGCAUAUAAGAGUGAGCCCACAGGUAUGGGAUCUCACCAAAGUAAAAUUAUUUCUCUUUCUUCUUCUUCUUGGUUUUCCUUGGGACUGUAUAACAUCAAUUUGACAUUCUUUUCUCUCC